AUGACAUAUUCAACUGAUUCCUCUCCAUGGGCGAUAGCUGUUGGUGAUUUCAACAACGAUACGAUACUUGAUAUUGUCACCGCGAAUCAUGGCAAUGACACUGUUGGUAUAUUUCUUGGAUGGGGUAAUGGUUCUUUUUCAAGCCAAAAACCAUUUUCAACCGGUUUGAACUCUCAACCGAACGCGGUUGCCGUUGGUGAUUUUAACAACGACACUUUGCUGGACAUUAUUGUCGCCAAUUAUGGCACAAACAAUGUCGGGGUGCUGCUUGGAUAUGGUAAUGGCUCCUUCGCUGUUGUGAAAACUUUUUCGAUCGGUUAUGGCUCCCGUCCGUUCUGGGUUUCCGUUGGUGAUUUGAACAAUGAUGGAAAGCUGGAUUUCGCCGUCGCCAAUGAAGGAGCUGAUAAUCUAAAAAUUUUCUUACAGACUUGUUAAUGUCGCAACUCCUACUUUGAACUUUUUUAAAUUUCAUUCACUGUUUCUAACUUCUACUUACGCGGGAACAUUCCCAACUGUCACAUCGCUUUUGAGUCGAGCGUAUGGACAUUAUGUAGGCCCUAAUGACUUAUGAAUGUCCUGAAAAAAGUUCGUGCUGCUAGCUUCUUACUGCUGAGAUACAGCAUUUUUACUGUAUGUUUAAGGAAAAAGGCGUGGUCCCCCUCAGGAACAUCAGGAAAAGUGACUUUUGCGUUUCCACCUGAAACUUUGCAUGUAGACAGGCCUCAAUGAGAAUAGUUUAUUGUGAAGGUUUCAGAUUUUUUGGUUGCUCCUAGUCUGAGAUAAGAACAUCGGAUCUGCUGGUGUAUAUGAACAAUUUUACGAUAGCUAUAUCUUAGGAUAGGAACAGCGAAAAGAGCUGAAACUUUCACAAUAAACUAUUCUAAUUGAGGCCUAUAUCUGUGCAAAGUUUCAAGACGAAAUUCGAAAUUCAGUUUUCCGAUGUUCCUGAGGGGGACCACGGCUUUUUUUUCUUAAACAUACAGUAAUAACGCUGUAUCUCGGUAAUAAUAAACUAGCAGCACGAACUUUUUUUCAGAGAAUUCAUAGAUCGUGAGGGUCUACAUAAUGCGCAUACGUUCAGCUUAAAAGCGAUGUGACAGUUGAGAAUGCUCCCUCGUUAGUCUCACUAAUAUUUCUUGUAAUGUUUUCUUAUUCAUCUUUUGAUUUCUAUGCUCAAAUAAACUGCGGUUGAGAGUAGGUGCUUCAACCAAAGUAUGACGCGUUUCUACUCCCGCUUAAGGAUCUUAUCACACAGUGCUGACUAAGAAUCCAUUCAAAUGAUUGGGAAGAUCAAAAGUGUGAUACAUAGUCUAUAAUUUUCACGGCAAAUUGUCGAAAGACUCCCCAUCAUAAUAGUUACUACAAUGAUGAGUGAAGCAAACUUGGAGGCGUUCGGACCUUGCUUAAGAGUCUCAACAUGGCGAAUAAAUCAAUCGAAAAACAGAUUGGCCUAUAUGUUUAUGAGACAAAUCAAUCUGCUGCUGCCAACUCUUACUUUUCAGCAAUCGAUAAAGUCGAAAACCAAAUAGCAA